AUGUCUCACGAAUCUGUCUGGAAUGCGCGCCCCCGUACCUACGGCAAGGGUGCCCGCGGCUGCCGAGUCUGCACGCACAAGGCCGGUCUGAUCCGCAAGUAUGGCCUCGACAUCUGCCGUCAAUGUUUCCGCGAAAAGGCCGCCGAGAUUGGCUUCGUCAAGCACCGUUAA